UCCCUUGCCUUUUUUACUCUUUCGACAAUUUUCUCAGCUAUUUCAAUCAUUCGUUUGGUUUCGAGCUUAUUUUAUCCGUUUAUUCCCCUCAUUUGCACAUGUUUAUAUAUGACUGUACAUAUUUGUUAUCAAGGUGUUAUAGGGGUAAAGGUAACUGCUUUAAGUAUUUUGGAUUGUCAAGGAUUCUAAUACUUGUACAUUUUCCGUUGUUUUAUUCUCAAUUUUGAAAUGCCUAAGUUCCAUUCCCCUGCCAAUAGUCUCCCUUAGUUGGCAUUGUGUAUGUUCAGUGUAAGUGCUCUUCGGACUUCGAGGACUCUGGCAUACAUUUAUCCUGGAUUUAGGUUACGUGACCUUUUCUCUAUCAGCAACAGCAAUUAUGCUUCAAUGGCAACUAGUUAGGGUCGGCUAUAUGAGUCCCCAUUCACCAUUUCAGUCCCGAUAGUACUUUUUUUUCUUCAUUUCAAUACUUAUAUAAGUCCUCACUGGAGAUGCACGUAAGUGAGGAGGUGUGAGAGAUUGACUAUGGUGGACGGUGGUUAUAAGGAGAGGUAUAGGUAGGUGAAAGAAGUAUUAGGAGGUGUGACACAUAUGUAUCUUACUGAGUUCGAGACCCUAGAUAGUAAGAUAUGUAAGUCGAGGAUUAGGUAAGGUUAGUGAAUAGUCGAGUGUUGUCUUGUUUCCUUGUGUUGUUGCUACAGUUCUCUUCUUCAUUGUUUCCGGUAUGACUUCUUCAUUACUGUAUUUGCUUUACAUACUUGAUUUUUGUUAUGUUUCUCUUUGAGCCGAUGGUCUACUAGAAACAACCUCUUUACUUUGUCUCAAGGUAGGGUUAACGGUGUGUACACACCACGCUUCCCAGACCCUGGGAUUACAUUGGGUAUGUUGUUGUAAUACUGUUUAAUUUUAUCUUUUAGAUAGAAUUAAGGGUUCUCCACCUACAAAGAUUUUUAAAUUUUGUACUUAUCCCUAUUCUAUCAUGUACACAUCCCUCUCCAAACUAAGAAGACUCGUGUCAAACACCGGCCUACCAAGUCGUGUUAUGUCAGUGUGAAAUAGGUUUUUCACUUCACCUCAGUUAAGUGGCUUCACUGCACACACCUAUAUGAAUAUUAGCUUGUCUUGUAUUCAAUAGUAAGUUCGUAUUAAAUCCAAGAGAUUGUAGAUCCUUUAAGCCAAUUUUCCUCCAUAUGAUUUUUGGUCUACCUUAUUCCCCUUAGCAUAUUCAGUUUUAAUGUUGUGUACCCCUGCAUUUGGUGUCCACGUAGGAGUAGGACAUGAUCAAACCAUCUUCUUUUACUAUCCCAUGCCAUUUUUUCUUUUAUUUUUGUCCUCUAUCUGUGUGCAAAUUCUACCUGAUGUGAUUACUUCUAUCUUGUCUUUGUUCAUGAAAAAAGAAAAAAAUAUAAUGCUAAGGUAUAAUUACAGGCUAUUAAUGCUUUUUUCAAAUAAGCAAUUCAUAUGCUAAUUCUAAAAGAGACCAUAGGAAUUUGCUUUUUCCCCGAGAAGGAUGAUCACGGGGAGCAUCAUUGAAUAAGUUGUGUAAAGAACACCGUCUACUUCAUGCACCAUAAGUUGUCGGAUGAAUGUGCAGCUAGAUGUUUUUGCACUGUGCUCUACUCCUCUUGUCUGGUUUUUAUCUGGUCUUGAGAGAGGGAGAGGAGUUAAUUCCUCAUUCGUUAAUUUUAAACACAUCUGAGCAAGAAAUGUGGAAGUUUUAUUUUACAAGUCGAAGUGUAAAAGAUGAAGCUAGUUAGUUACCCAAAUAAAUACAAUCAAAGUCACUUAAACCUUAUCAGUUAACAGUAAAAUAAGCCUGUUUAUUUUGGUUGAAAGUUUUGUACCUUCUUUUGUUUAAUCUCUUGUAUUUGAGGUGACAUAUUAUCUAAAUAGGUUUCUUCUUGUGUUGAUCUGAGAAGAAUUAAUCUGAAACCAAAUCAAACUGACAAUAUGUAUAUUGUAUAGCAGUUCUUAUAUUUUUACAUAUUGGAAAUUUAGAACAGAAACAUUUUGUAACAAUUUUCAAAUCUCUGUGUUUUCUGGUAGCUUUAACAUGAUCUUAUAUAGAUAAGAGCCCAGUGCUGAUAGCCGUUGAAUUGUUGUUCUUCUUCUGCUUUUAUUUUGAGAUAGGGGCAAUGUCAAACUCUAUACUAUAAGUCAACCUACAGAUUCUGGCAUUGAGAAAACAACAAAGAAAAUGCCCCCAUUUAUUUUUAACUACUUUCUGGUAUAUAGAUCCUCUUUGUUUUUAUUUUAAUUAUCAUUUGUCAGCAGAUAAUGCCUCCCACUUAGUACUGAUCAGGUAUUUAUUAGGACCUUGCUCUCAGCUUAGUGGGCGAGUGGGCAACUAAGAUACUGUUACAUUAAUGCUGAGAAGGGUCUCACUUUACUCUAUAAAAACCAGAGUUCUCUACUCAAUUAUGCAACACAAGUCCUUAGUUUAUCCUUCACUUCUCUGGGUACAAUUUUUUCCAAAUCAAAAUGGAAAACUUAGGGAAGUUGGGGAAAUGGUCUUUUCUAACUGUUGCUUUGGCAAUUUGCUUAGUAGCCAGCACUGUUGUUGCUGAUUACUCUUAUGAAUAUACUUCACCCUCACCUUCUCACAACUCUAACAAGUACUACAAAUCACCAUCUCCAUCCAACUAUCAUGUGCCCACUCCUUAUUACAAGAAACCUUACCCAUCACACUACUACAACAAAUCAUCAGCACCUUCAAAGCACGCUUAUUACAAAUCGCCCUCACCAGCAAAAUAUUACAAGUCACAUGUUCCUUCAAAGCACUACUACAAGUCACCGGUUGCAACAAAGUAUUACUACAAGUUCCCAACUCCUUCAAAGUAUUAUUACAAAUCACCCGCUUCUUCUAAGUAUUACUACAAGUCCCCAACUCCUUCAAAGUACUACUAUAAGUCACCGGUUGCAACAAAGUAUUACAAGUCUCCUACUCCUUCAAAUCAUUAUUACAAGUCACCCUCUCCUUCUAAGUAUUACUACAAGUCCCCAACUCCAUCAAAGAGAUACUACAAAUCUCCAUCACCCACAAAGUAUUAUAAGUCGCCAACUCCAUCAACACGUUAUUACUACAAGUCGCCUUCACCAACAAAAUAUUACAAGUCACCUGUUUACUACAAGUCCCCUCCACCACCACCAACUUAUUACGAGAAAUCACCUUCAUACUACAAGUCACCUCCACCUCCACCAAAAUACUAUGAGCAAUCACCUUCGUACUACAACUCACCUCCUCCCCCACCAAAAUACUAUGAACAAUCACCAUCAUCUUACAAAUCUCCACCACCUCCACCAAAAUACUACGAGGAAUCAGCAACCUAUCACAAGUCUCCACCUCCACCAUACUACCCAGAAUCUAGUCCUUCCUAUAAAUCUCCUCCACCUCCUCCAAAAUCCUACAAACAAUCACCUUUGACCUACAAUUCACCACGUCCUCUAAAGACCUAUGAACAAUCACCAUACUACGAGCAAAUACCAACCUAUUCCUCGCCGCCGCCGCCAUUUGAGAAAUACGAGCAAUCCGUCACCUAUGCUUCACCUCCACCCCCGUCGCCAACCUACUAACAUUCUAAUCAUUAUCAUCAAUCAUUUCCCAUCAUCUCCAUGACCUAUUAACUCUCUUUUCAUCCUUCAUCUGAAGAUUUUCACUUCCUUUGCCAAAAAAUUAUGUUUCCAAAUAUGACCGGCUUUGUUCGUUGUAUGUUCUUUUGUAUUAAUAAUUUGUAAUAUUUAUCCUUGGAUAUUUAAGUAAGAUGUUGAGAUCUCCAUCAGUUUGGCUUAUUGUAUCAAGAUUCUUUUUUUUGUGUAUUUCAUUAAGAGUUGUACUUGCUCAAUACUGUCUUCUCUUUGUCUAAUAUAUUUGAGGAGCAUCUCAGAUUAUUGUCUAAAGAUGAUUUUCUUCUCAAUUAUAGUUUAUAAGUUAUUUAUUACAGAAGUUUAACAAGACAAAAGUAAAAGAAUGAGGAAAGGUGCAAGAUAUGUCCAUGCACAACAAAUUUUUUUCUUCGACUCCGUGGCUAUUACUGUAUUUUGGAUUGUAAUUGUACUUUAUCAGUUUUUCAGAAAUAAAUCAUAUAAAAUAAGCAUAACAAUAAAAUAAGUAGGAGAAUUUAAUUAGGGGUAUGCAUCUUUUUUCCCCAUUAUUUUUCUUAGAGAAUUAUCAGUGGGAAAUAAAUCAAAUGAGAUAAAUGAGAUCUUUAAAGGUUGAAUUACAAAAUAAAUUAAGACUACAUGAAUUAGCCCUAUGUCAGAGCCUGUUUGAAUUAGUUGAUUGUAAAUAACUAAUAAAUUUUAAGUGCUGGAGCUGAUUUUAUAAUUGAAUAGUUACGUGUUAGGAUGUUGGAACAAAAAAUGUUCCUUUAUUCGAAUGAUUAGAAUAUCCGUAAGAAGUUUAUAAAAUGUUAUAAUUUAGGAGUACUCUAGUAAAGAAGAGAAAGAACAAUGGGCUACAAAAUGAAGAGAGAGUUAGGAGUUCUCUUUUGGGAAAGAUACUUUAAAAAUUAGAAAAAAAUAUUAAGGAUAAAAUAGUGAAAUAUUUUAUCAAAGCAAAA